AAAACCUUACCGUGGUGCACCAGCCCACAUUGUUCAGGCUCCGAGGGCACAACGACCAUGAAGGCUUUUCUGAUUGCCCUGCUGGUGGCAGUGCUGUGUGCCAAGCAAGCUUCCUCACUGUUUUGCUACACCUGCGACAAUGAGCAUUCCAACUGGAACUGCCUUAAAACCUACAAGUGUGAAGACCAUGAGAAGUAUUGUACAACUACAUACAGCUCUGCUGGGUUUGGUAAGGACGUGGGACACCGCAUCACCAAGAAAUGUUCUGUAGACUGUCCUGAAACGAACGUGAACUUCGGUAUGGCAGCUUAUUCCACCAAAUGCUGUAGUACCUCCCUGUGCAAUUUCAGUGGUGCCAACAGUGUAAAAAUCAGCUAUGCCGUGAUGUUCCUGGGAAUCGUGGCCAGCUUGAUCUGUGUCAUCAGGGCAGGAUUGUGAUGAGGGGCAGGAGAAGGUGUGACAACCCAAGAACCUACAAGGUAUUCCCCAACUGAGAAACCAACAUCCUCUGUCAAGUGUCUCCAACGGGGUCUAUGCUACCCUGUUUUUUCCAAGACGCUUUCAGAUCCCAUCCACAAAAUGGCAUGACAGUGUAGCUCCUCUUUUUUCCCCUGUAUCAUUUGUUGUUUUGUACUAAUUUUCCCUGGGAAAGCUCUUUUGAUAGCAAGUGUGUGACAAUUUUCAGGCAAAAUAAAGAUUUAUGUUAUUCUA